CCGCACUGGUUUCUGCCCAGCAACUGAUGAGCAACACCACCCGAGCCAAUUGAAAGACCAAUUCUUCCAAAAAGAGACUCUGUUCCUGUUUGUCACAGUGAGCAGCCUUUCUUUCUUUUCCCUUUCUUCCAGAGCAGACUAUUAACCAUAAUGGAGAACUGUUGAUUACCUUCAUUCUAUGGGCUCUGAUUUUCAUAUGGGAAUGCCAAAGUCAGCAUCGAGAGCAGUUUGACGAGCAGAGGACGAGCUGAAAGGCAGUAUUCUGUCUGAGGGUGUGUCCAGGUUUCAGACAAGGGUCUGAAGGAGAGCCAGCUGCACAGACUCCUGCUCCCUUGUCCCCCGGCAGUUCCCGGACUUGCAGGUUGUAGUUUCUGCCUGACUCUUUUUGGGGUCUCUCUGCAGCACAGAGGAAAAUGGCAAGUUCCCUAGACUUCCCUCUGCUUGACCUCCUUGUCUGCCUCGUCUUGGUCCAGCUGCUUACCCCUUGCUCAGCUCAAUUUUCUGUGAUUGGACCCUUUGGGCCCAUCCUCGCCAUGGUGGGUGAAGACGCUGAUCUGCCCUGUCAUGUGUCCCCCAAGAUGAGCGCAGAGACCAUGGAGCUGAUGUGGGUGAGAUCCAGCCUUGGGCAGGUAGUAUAUGAGUAUGCAAACGGGCAGGAAGUAGAAGAGCAACAGAUGGCAGAGUAUCGAGGGAGAACUUCUAUUUUAAGAGAUGGCAUCACUGAAGGGAAGGCUACUCUCCGAAUUUACGAUGUCAGAGCCUCUGACAACGGAAGCUACCUGUGUUAUUUCCAAGAUGAAAACUUCUCUGAAAAAGCCAUGGUGGAGCUGGAGGUUGCAGCCCUGGGUUCUGAUUUUCACAUUGAAAUGAGGGGUUAUGAGGAUGGAGGGAUCCGUCUGGAGUGCACAUCCACCGGUUGGUAUCCUCAGCUCCAAAUAGAGUGGAGAGAUGCCACAGGAGAAGACAUGCCGGCUUUGGCAGCAUCUUCGGUUGCAGAUGGAGAAGGCUUGUAUAUAAUCGCAUCAUCUGUGAUCGUGAAAGACAGCUCUGGGGAAGGGGUAUCCUGUAUCAUCAGAAAUCCCCUCCUCAGCCAGGAAAAGACCGCCAGGAUUUCCAUUGGAGACCCCUUCUUCUGGAGGGCCAGUACCUGGAUGGCAACCCUGGCUGGAACCCUACCUGUCUUGCUGCUGCUUCUCGCAGGGAUGGGUUACUUCCUCUGGCAAAAGUAGAAGGAGAAACAGGUUCUAUCCCGGGAAAAAGAGAGAGAAGAAGCAGAAAAGGAUUUAGAACGAAGGGCAAGAGAGAAGCUCCUGCGUGAAUUCGAGAAGAGAGAGUUCCUACUCAUGGCUGGUGAGUGCCUCUGACAUUAUCUCUGAAUUCACAUCUAAGACUCUGUGCUGGGAUAUUUCCCUGCUCUGUCCUCAUCCUUAAAUCUGCCCAGGGCUGAGAAAUG